UUGUUAUUUCUGUUGUUUUUAGAAGGAGAUGGGCGGAGACUCAAAGGUGCUAUCCAGCGGAGCACAGAAACUGGUCUGGCUGUCGAAAUGCCAAGUCGGACAGUCCGUCAAGCCAGCCAUGAAUCCAUUGAGGACAGUAUGAAUAGCUAUGGAUCGGAAGGAAACUUGAAUUUCAGUGGCGUCCAUCUGGCAUCUGCUGGGCAGUUUAGCGACUUUCUGGGGAGCAUGGGCCCUGCACAGUUCGUUGGUCGUCAGACCUUGGCCACCACUUCCAUGGGGGAUGUGGAGAUUGGUUUACAGGAGCGAAAUGGACAGCUAGAAGUGGAUAUCAUUCAGGCCCGAGGACUCACCCCCAAACCUGGCUCCAAAACCCUUCCAGCUGCUUACAUCAAGGCUUAUCUACUAGAGAACGGAGUGUGCAUUGCAAAGAAGAAGACAAAAGUGGCUCGCAAGUCAUUAGACCCUCUGUACAACCAGGUGUUGUUGUUUGCAGAGAGCCCACAAGGCAAAGUAUUACAGGUGAUAGUCUGGGGGAACUAUGGACGUAUGGAGCGCAAAUACUUCAUGGGAGUUGCCAGGGUCCUCUUGGAAGAACUGGAUUUGUCAACGUUAGCAAUUGGUUGGUACAAGCUUUUCCCUACCUCCUCGAUGGUAGAUCCUACUACAGGUCCACUCCUGCGCCAAUCUUCACAGCUUUCUUUGGAGAGCACAGUGGGACCCUGCUGUGACAGGUCUUAAUGAGCAAGGAAGAGGGGAACUGCUUCUGUUUUUUAAACACGCUGUCAAGGUUUUAUUUGCUGGAACUCUGACCUCAAGUGCAUUGCAUGUUCAGUCAGUUCUUGAGGAGCUGGAAGAGUGACCUUAGACAGAAGACAAGAGGGAAGGCUGUAUUCUCUCUCCAUCCAAGUAGCAGGUGCCAUGGGGCAUGAGUCCUAGUUGUGAAAUUAUACAUGCACCUUUUGUUUCACUUCUCUGGCUUUCAUUCAUGCACCCUUGUUUCAGAUCCGUAUUAACCCUCAGAAGUUGCAGCAUUUCUUUUCUUGAGCGGGGAAGAUAUUUUUCUUAGCUUUGUUUUAGAAAUUCAUACAACACAAAUUAUUUUGGCAAGACCUGAAAGACUGGAAAG